CGAAACCUCUCUGUAUCUUUAUCCGAUACACCCACUAGCGCAUAUUCACAUAGUUUCUGUUACGGUGCUCGUCGGCCAUGGCGAUUGCAGCAGCAGCUGUUAUCGUCCCUCUCGGUGUCCUCUUCUUUGUCUCUGGUCUAAUCGUCAAUCUCAUUCAGGCGAUAUUUUACGUGAUUGUACGGCCGUUUUCGAAGAAUACAUACAGAAGGAUUAACAGGAUGGUGGCGGAGCUGUUGUGGCUUGAACUUGUGUGGAUAGUUGAUUGGUGGGCAGGAGUUAAGGUCCAAUUAUACACAGAUCCUGAGACGUUAGAAAUGAUGGGUAAGGAACAUGCCCUUGUUAUAGCUAAUCACAAAAGUGACAUUGAUUGGCUUAUUGGAUGGGUAUUUGCACAGCGAUCAGGGUGCCUUGGUAGCACAUUAGCUGUUAUGAAGAAAUCGUCAAAAUUCCUUCCUGUCAUAGGCUGGUCAAUGUGGUUUUCUGAGUAUCUUUUUCUUGAGAGAAGCUGGGCUAAGGAUGAAAAUACUCUAAAGUUCGGUCUUCAACGCCUAAAGGACUAUCCUCAACCCUUUUGGUUGGCUCUUUUCGUGGAGGGGACUCGAUUUACUCAAGCAAAGCUUUUGGCAGCUCAAGAAUAUGCAUCUUCGAAUGGGUUGCCUGUUCCCAGAAAUGUGCUGAUUCCACGAACAAAGGGUUUUGUUACAUCAGUAAGUCACAUGCGAUCAUUUGUUCCAGCCAUCUAUGAUAUGACUGUUGCUAUUCCGAGAGAUUCGACUCCACCAACAAUGCUGAGGCUGUUUAAGGGGCAACCUUCUGUGGUUCACGUGAAAGUUAAGCGCUAUUUGAUGAAAGAUUUGCCAGAAACAGAUGAAGCUGUUGCACAAUGGUGUAAAGAUAUAUUUGUUGCCAAGGAUGAUUUAUUAGACAAGCAUAAAGCAGAAGACAGCUUUCCUGAUUCAAAUCUUCAUGACAUUGGACGACCUCUAAAGUCUCUCGUGGUGGUCACUUCUUGGGCAUGCCUGCUUGUUUUUGGGACCUUCAAAUUCUUCCGGUGGUCUAACCUUUUCUCUUCGUGGAAGGGUCUAACGAUCACAGCAGUUUGUCUGGCGGUUGUUACCAUCUUAAUGCAGAUCUUGAUUCAAUUCUCUCAGUCGGAACGUUCCACCCCUGCAAAAGUGGUGCCAUCGAGGAGCAGCAACGGCGGAGAACCGUCGCAUGCUGUACACGACAAAAAGCAGUGAGUAGAAGCAUAUCCCACCAAAAUUUAUUCAACAUAUGGAAGUCAUCUCAAACUCUUGUUUUACUUGUGCAAGUUAUCUAAUGUUUCAAGUAGCGUUUACCAUGUGUUUUCGAGUUUUUGUGUAUCAAAGAAAUAGAAAAGUUCAAGAGUCCGAUUCAUCUUUCUCUCUUUCUCUUUCGGUUUCGUUCUGAUCUGUAUGCAUCAUCGUAUAUGUAUUAUUUGUUUUUGAAGUUAUUUAUCAU